CGCUCUAACCAGCUGAGCUAAUAGGCCAGUUGAUAUAAUUUUUCACUUUAAUAAAUUCAACUUAACCAUCAUCAUAACUUUAUGCUAACAAACGUGAUAUCUCUCCCUGUCCCAUCUCUGCACGAGGAGACAUUGAAUACGACAGAGAGAAAAGCUAUUAAACGCUUGAAUAGGCAAGGGAGUGAUAUAUUGAUGAAGUGGAUGCGAUGGUGAUGGGAAAAAACAGCGGUGGCGGCGCGUGAAUGCAAUUACGUACAUCUCUUUUUCCCCAAUUCCUUUGCAAGUAGUAUAUAGGUCACGGAGAACGGGACGUGAAUCGAUCUGGAUAUCUGUCGUCGUUACUGCUUUGCAUGUGUUACACUAUCUACUCUGCAUGCAUGCAACUUGCAGAAAAUAGCCCUUUCCGUUGAAACCGUUUUUGCGCUAAAAAGAACGAGAUUGAUUAAUUGGCGUGGCAUGCUAGCUGCAAAAGCCAGCCAAGUUGCAUACGCCAUUAGUAGGGCAACAGCUAGGUAUAUAUGUGGCUUACUAUAAAUAGGGAUAAUGGGCUGAAUUGAGAGAAUGUGUGUAGCUAGAGAGAGAGAGAGAGAGAGAGAGAGAGAGAGAGAGAGAGAGAGAGAGAGAAAAUUCAUAGUAAGAAAUAAGAAUGGUGAUGGCGGGGAGUGGUGUAGUGAGGUUGAGUUGGGGACUGAGCUGGCUGUUGGUGGCUUUGCUGGGGAGUUGCGGCGGUGGUGGUGUGGUUGAGGGCAGGAAGUUGUUGAUGGUUCAACAACGUGAGGAUGCAGGUUAUGAUCUUAAGCAACCUGAUUGUGUUGGCAAAGGUGGUGGUGAAGGACACCACCUCAAAAAGAAGAAGAAGAAGGAGCAUCCUAUUAAUUAUAAGGGACAUCACGGUGGUGGCGGCCAUGGGUUUGGCAAAGGAAUUGGCGGUGGUGGCCACCACGGAGGAGGAGUUGGUGGAGGAAUUGGAAAAGGUGGUGGUGUUGGUGGAGGCAUAGGCGGCGGCGGUGGCGGCGGUGUUGGUGGAGGAGUAGGAGGUGGUGCUGGUGGAGGGGUAGGCGGAGGAGCCGGUGGAGGCCUAGGCGGAGGCGGUGGCGCCGGUGGAGGGAUAGGCGGAGGUGGUGGUGGGAUAGGCGGCGGCGGCGGUGCUGGUGGGGGCAUAGGCGGUGGCGGUGGAGCUGGUGGCGGUGUAGGUGGUGGAGCCGGCGGAGGGAUAGGAGGCGGUGGUGGUGGAGGCUUGGGUGGCGGUGUAGGUGGUGGAGGAGGGAUUGGUGGCGGAGGCGGAGCUGGUGGAGGGUUUGGGGGAGGAGUUGGUGGCGGAGCAGGUGGUGGGAUAGGGGGCGGUGGAGGAGCCGGAGGAGGGAUUGGUGGCGGAGGCGGAGCUGGUGGAGGGUUUGGGGGAGGAGUUGGUGGCGGAGCUGGUGGUGGGAUAGGGGGCGGUGGAGGAGCCGGAGGUGGUGGUUUUGGAGGAGGGUUUGGUGGCGGAGCUGGGGGAGGAUUCGGCGGAGGCAUAGGUGGCGGCGGCGGCGGCGGAGGGGAGGUCCCAAUUGGGGGAUAAUCUCAACAUAAAUGCACUCAAGUGAUUCGUCAUUUGCUUUCCAAUUUCCCUAAUUACUCUUGUAAUUCAUUCCUAUUGUAUUUGUGAUUUUAUUACCUUCCAACUUCUCACCCCAAUAAUUCUCACCAUCUGCAAUCUCUGUAAGUUCUUUGUAACGUUAAUAAUGGAAAAUUUCCUGU